AUAUAAAGUGUUCAUUCUCUAAAGUUGCCGGGGUGUGACGUGUCCUACUUAUACCGGUACAUUCGUAACAACUUAAAGCAGUACGAACCGUACAUUCGAUCAAAUAAACCUCACGUAGCAAAUAAGCCAUUCAUUUUGUUUGUCGUUGUUGACCAAAUUCGACUCUCUUAUUGACGUCCAUACAAAAACACGAGUUGCUUGGUGGGUGAAACGAGGACAAAACGCCACCUGCUGGAGGGAAACACGGUUUCCGUCGACAUGGGCCUCUCUCUUCCUCUCUGAUCAUACUUCGCGCCAAGGAGGAUUUAUAAGAAGCUGCUCUGUCAACUAGGAUCAUCACAAUCAAUAAGAAAACUCAUUUAUUUGGUUGAUUAUGGACAUCAGGCGGUUCUUUGUGUCAAGCAAACCCGCAGCACAGAAACCAUCUCAGGAUGGAACCCUCAACACAGAGAAGGAGUCCACGAAGAAGAAGAGGAAGAAAUCCGUCUCAACAGACGAAGAAGUGAAGAAAAAGAAAACUGCCAUCAAGAUCACCAGCCCCAAGGUGGAGAAGAAGAAGAAGGACAGUGAUAAGAAGAGAAAGAAGCGUGCUGUCAUUGAGUCAGACUCUGAGGAAGAGGUAGUGGAGCAGAAGCAGAAGGCCCAGAAACCAAACCCUCCUCUUCCUCCGGCUCCUCUUCCUCCGGCCAAGAAAGACCCGGUGCAGUACGUCUCUGAGACAGAUUCAGACAGUGAUAACUUCCUGUCUCUGAAGAAGUCCCAGGCUAAACCCCAGGGGAAUGGCGUGACCAAACCAGGGAAGGCCCGCACCGGGACCAAAGAGCGGCACAGGUCCCCCCCGAAACCAACCCCUGCGCCCGCCACCGGGAAAGGAGGGAUAAAGAAGUCUCCUCCAGCCCCCGUCACCCCUAAAUCAGCGCCCCCGCAGACCAAACGCACCCCCACCUCUGUCAUGGACUACUUUGGCAGUGGGAGUGUCCAGCGCUCGGACAAGAAACUGGUAGCCAGUACCAAGAGGAAAGCU